ACACUCUCGAAGCAGACACUAAAGCUCUUUGCCAUUCUUUUGUUUUCCUUCUUUAAUCUCAUUCCUCUGUUUUUUCCCUGUAUAAAUUUCUGUUUCCUCUGUUCUUCCUUUGUGUGUGUGCAAAAAAUAUGCAUAGAAGAGAGAGUUCGGUGAUAGAAGCUACGGUUCCUCAAAGAAGAAGAAGAACCUCUUCUUUCUCUUCAAGUCUUCUUGAUGCUAUUUACCGUUCCAUGGAUAAAUCAACUAAUGGAGAUGAAGCAACAUUGUGCCAUUACAGGGAAACAAAAACAACCCUUGUUCAGAAUCAGAACAAUGCUUCUUUGGAAGAAGAGAGAAAGGUUUCAUGUCUUCGACGGGCUAUUAUGAUUGAGAACUGGGUUGAGAAGCAGAGUAGUUAUGGCUCAGCUGUGCAUUUCAACUCAACUUCAAGUUCCUCGGAUUCAAGCAGCGGAGGAAUCUUCUCAUCAUCCGAAGCUGAGUCAAGUUACAAGGAGAAAGCAACAAGAUCGACACCGGCUACACUGGACAAGUCUUUGCAGUUUGAGCCAAGAAACUUUGAAAACAAUCAACAAAAGGCCAAGCGUGAAGGUGGUGGGUUCACAAAGACCAAAAUGAAAGCUUUGAAAAUCUAUGGUGAAUUGAAGAAAGUGAAGCAGCCCAUUUCUCCUGGUGGUCGUAUCACAAAAUUUUUAAACUCCAUUUUCAAUGCUAAUGCUAAGAAAGUGAAGAUGUGCUCCGUUGGGGUUUCGGACGAUGUAAGUUUUGAAAGCAAAUCAAAAUCAACAUGCUCAUCAGCCACUUCAUUUUCCAGGUCUUGUUUGAGCAAAACACCUUCUUCAAGAGGCAAGAAAAUGUCAGUUAGAUUUUGUCCAGCUAGUGUCAUUGUUGAUGAAGAUUGUAAACCUUGUGGCCAUUUGCCCACUUCAACUGUUCAAAAGAAUGUCAAAAGUUCUUCAAGAAAAGAGGAGCUGAAGAAUUUUGUCAAGGAGAAAGAAUCAGGAGUUAGCAAUAAAGCAAGAGAUUAUCGAAAGAGUUAUCAAAGGAGGGGUACUGGUAAAUUGGAUUUGAGAGCCUUUGUUGAUGAUUAUGAGGAUGAGGAUGAAGAGGAUGAUGAUGCUUUGAGUUGUUCAAGCUCUGAUCUUUUUGAGUUGGAUCAUCUUAUUGGAAUUGGAAGGUAUAGAGAGGAGCUGCCAGUGUAUGAAACCACUAGUUUGAAAACUAAUCAAGCCAUUGCUAAUGGCUUCAUAUUGUAGCUCAUUAUCUUCUUUCAAAUUGUAAUUAAUGG